CCCAGGUUCAGUCAGGGUUGGAGUUACAAGUAGGCUGUGUAUAUUUCGGUCACUGGGAGUAAACAAGGUUCCAGCUGUGUGCCGUCUGUACUAAAUCACAGGAAACACCUAGCAGCUGCAGAUUAGGAACACCAGACAAUAACAUUAAAGCUUCACUCCGAUGUCAGGAAGAAACUCUAACAAACAAUUAGGGGGACUGUAGCCAGUACCCCCUGACGAGGCAGUGCAUAUCUUUGUUUUUGAUUUCUACUGGAGACAAAUGGUUUUGAGACAUGGAUCAAGGUGUUGUGGACAGUCCUGUUAUCCUGGUUAUCAGGGCACCAAACCAGAAGUACGAUGACCAGACCAUAAACUGCUGCCAGAACUGGACUGUGGAGAAACUCAAAGCACAUCUGUCAGAUGUAUACCCAAGCAAACCAAGCUCCAAGGACCAGAGGCUGGUAUAUUCUGGGAAGUUGCUUUUGGAUCACUUUACCUUAAAAGAUGUGCUCAGAAGGCAGGAUGAGUACCAUAUGCUCCAUCUGGUGUGCGCAUCAAGAACCCCUCCCAGCUCCCCGAAGCUGCCCCGCAGCCGCAGUAACAAGCCUCAGGAGGACUCGGCCGGUCCCACACCACUUCAAAACUCCACUAGUCCUUCCACUGGUCAACAGACGGCAUCAUCAACAGGAGAGAGCAGUAAUGGGCUCAGACAGCGAGCUGGACCCUUCCCCUACCACCAGAUGUAUCCACAAUUUAUGCACAGCUGGAACCAGUACCCCCCACAGUCAACUCCUCCCACAAACAUGCCUGCCUAUUACAACCCCAUGACACUAAUGUGGUGGCAGCAGUUGUACGCCCGGCAGUACUACAUGCAUUAUCAGUUACUGGCUGCCUCCUCUCAGAACCUCAGGCCAGACCAGCCCUCCAUUCACUUGAACCAGCCCGACCCACUGAGCCAGCGACCUCAGGCGGAUCGCCGUGGUAACCCAGAAGUCCAGAUGAAUGCCCAGGGAGGGGAGAUCCUGAACGAGGAGGAUCUGAACCGGGAUUGGCUGGACUGGGUGUACACAUUUUCCCGGGCUGCGAUCCUUCUCAGUAUAGUCUAUUUCUACUCGUCCUUCAGCCGGUUCGUCAUGGUGAUGAUGGCCAUGCUGGUGCUGUACCUGCAUCAGGCCGGCUGGUUUCCCUUCAACCUGGAGAAUGAACUCCAGCUUCCUGGAGACAGAGCCAACCAGGACGAUAUGGAGGCAGAGCUACAAAACCACGACUUACAGGAAAUGGAAGGAGUGCUGGAUGACGGCUCUGACGAUGAUGGGGACAGUGGGGAGGAAGGAGUAGAGGAUCCAAACAGCGGUCCCAACGCAGGCUUCCUGUCCUCCACGUGGUCGUUCAUCAUCACCUUCUUCAUGUCACUGAUCCCAGAGGGACCGCCAAACGCUGCUAACUGAACCACGAGCCGCCACAGCUCUCCACAAGGGCACAUGCUUUUCUUUAAGAGGAGGAAUCAUACCUGCGUAGGGAAACUGUUUCUGUUGCAGUACAGUGUUCUAGUUUCCCGGUAGUGUACUUUACUACAUAUCUAAGACUUUGAGCCAAGACACAAAUGACUGAUUUAACCUGAAAAGGGUCACUUUUUUUUUCCAUUGUCUGCAAAAAGACAAACGUUUUAAGCUGUCAGAUGACAUGAACAUUAGUUUAACCUCUAUAUACAAGGAUUGCUAGUGAUGCCUUGUAAACAUAGUCAAAAUAAUAAUAGUGUCUGCCAAUGCAUUGUUUCUGCAAUUAAUUAUAUAGGGAUCUGCAGGCACGUUUAUAAAGAAAAAUAAUUACAGCACUUGUUGUGUUUAAUAACCUGAAUCUCUUUUUGUUUGCCAGAAACGGCAAUAUUUGUUGAAAUAGUUUUGUUUGAAUUGUAAUGAUUUUGUAAUGGUGGUUGUAUCUAAAAAAAAAAGCUAUUUUAUUUUGAAAGAGUGGUUUUGGCCUGAGAGUUGAUAAAAUGUGUAUGAACACAUUGUGUACUGUGUUGAAGUGUAUCUCAAGAGUGAUGAUGGCUGCAAAAGUGUGAUUUUUACUAAAAAAAGAACCAAUAUGACAGACUGAAAGAACUGAGUGAGAUAGAAGAAGAAAUUUUCCAUUACGAGUGGAAUAUAUAACCGAACGAUCAAACAAGACACUACUGUUAAACAAAGCACUGCCACAGUUAAGAGUCGAUGUAGGACAAAACUUACACCUCUCGAGUGUGUGAAAAUGGCUGCUGCUGUUACCUUAACAUGUUGUGUACCAGUAAUAAAAUGUUUAUUAAACCUUCA